AUGCCAUUACUACUAGUGACCAAGGAUCAAGAGAAUCAACUUUUAGAAUGCCUCGUCGAGCUCGAGAAAGACACCGACAAAGGGAAGAUGGUCGAGAAGCUUACGACAGUGGUGCUCGCACUCGGGGACAAUCUCAAAUUGGGACAGAGCACAGAGCAAUACGACGACAAGAUCCGUGAGGCCAGACGUAGAAUCGAUCAGCGCAUGAAGCAACAAGACUAUCUGGAAGUGAAAGAUAUGAUGACAAAAGGUGCCCAACAGUUGGUUGAUGCGUUGUCGCAGGAGCAGGAAGGACAAGAGAUUCCGGACGAGCAGGCACAACGCGGAACAAAGAGGAAGUUGGCUGAGGAAGUGGAGGGCCAGCUUAAGAUGCUGGAGAGGAUGAGCAAGAAGAUGCGCUGUCACGUCGAAAAGGAGACUGAGGCCGCAGAAAGUCUCCUUGACGGCAACAGGAUGCGCCGUCACGUCGUGGAAGAAGAGACUGAGGCGGCACAAAGUCUCUUUGGUGAGGAACCCGACCAUGCCGCGAUCGCUGCCAUUCUCGGCAACAUCAACGCCACCAGCACAAGCGGAAAGGCACGGAGUACAUCCGAGACAGCUAGAGCAUCAAGCACAGCCGAAUCGUUGUUCGCCUAUUGGCCAGACACGCCGGAUAGGUCGACGGCAGUGAAGAAGAUGGCACCAGGCACAGCCGUGUCUGCGUCCAUGCCAAAGGCCAAAUCAGGACGCAGAUAUGUGUCCAAUUCCUACUUUCGAUGUCUUGUCAAUCCGAGCUCGCCUGCACGACACGACGCUGAAGAUGCAAGAAAAGGACAAGACAGCGACAAGCGACAAGCGAAAAACCAAAACUAG